AUGCGCCAGCUCCUCCUCGCGGGCCGCCGGGCCUUGAAGAACGAGUUCGUCGCGCUGCGCCACGGCUGGAGCGAGGCCAACGAGGCCGGCAUCAUCGUGUCGCGCAUCGAGAGCGGCCGCCUGCCCCGCUACGGCCUGCACGCCAAGGGCCGCGCGCAGGCCGCGGCCGUCGCGGAGCCGCUGGCCGCGCUCGCCGGCGCGCGCGAGGUCGUGGUCCUCGCGUCCGACUUCUCGCGCACGCUCGACACGGCGGCCGUCGUCGCGGAGCGCCUCGGCGUCGACGUCGCGCCGACGCCGGCGCUCCGCGAGCGCGACUUCGGCGACCUCGACGGCGGGCCCAACGACACCUACGAGGACGUCUGGGCGCGCGACGCCGCCGACGCGGGCCACGAGUGGUCCCGCGUCGAGUCCGUGGAGCGAGUCCUCGCGCGGACGACGGCCGCGGUGCGAGAAGCGGACGCCGCGGGCGAGGGCCGGCUCGUGCUCCUCGUCUCCCACGGCGACGCGCUCCAGAUCCUCCAGACGGCCUUCGCCGACGUGGACCCGCGGACCCACCGGUCCCUGCCGCACCUCGAGACGUGCGAGCUCCGGCCGCUCCGCGUCGCGAGGAGUAACGGCGCCUAG